AUGACGGAGGCCGUUUCUCGUCCUCCCGUCAGCAAUGGACUUGUUUCCACCAUGACGUUUGAUAUAGAGGAAGAUGCGGUAAUUACGUCGCAUCAAAGACAAAAUGACGUCACUUCGACACGAUUACGGCUAUACCAUCAAGAGUGUAAGACACAAUUAGACACGACAUUGCGACUUUAUCAAGAACGUCAAGAAUACGCUCAUCGGUCAUGUUUACGACAGAAUCGAACGCUAGUACCUCGAUCAAGUGAUAGCUAUUUAAAUGAUGAUUGGACGGAUACUCGUGUAUGGAAAUUAAUACGUGAGAGUUGUGAUAUUAGUGUAUACCGAUUAAAGACACGACAAGAACGAACAAGUACUGUCCAAGCAAUUGGUACAAUUCAUGGUUCAUUAUCAGAUGUAAUGAAUGGAUUGUAUGCCGAUUCAACGAAAACAGCAAGAGUACUACAAAUGUUAUUAAGUCCACGAUCUUUGGAUACACGUAUUUUACAAGUCGAUAAAAGAUGUACGGAGAUCAAUCCAUUUCAAUUUUCGGGAAUUAUAUGGAUGGCAAUUAAAUUACCUGGUCUGGGAUUAUGUCGACAUCGAGAUUUUGUUUGUUUUAAAAAAAUGGAUGUCAUUAAAGAUGAAAUGGGUCAAGAAUUUGGGUACUUGAUAUUGCAAUCGAUUGAUCAAGUAAAUGACAAUAUCAAUUUCAAUGAGUCCAAUCAUUAUGUUCGUGGAUUUAUUUCACUUGUUAUUAUCUUUCAUCAAGUUGGUGAUGAUCGUGUAGCCAUGUUUGGAUCUGGUCAAUUUGAUCCAAGUGGUCGUUUAUCACCUCUUGUAGGUGAUAAUUGUGUCGCAGAAUGGUUCAUUUCAAUGGCUAAUACUGUUGAAAGUGGACAAGCAAAGAAUCUGUCACAACUUUUAGUUCGUUCCAUGCAUGAAAAUGAAUAUGUUGCAACCUCUACAUCAAGAUCACGUUGUGGCAUAUGUGCACGAACACUCUUUUUUUGGGACGUACCACGAAAUUGUCGAGGUUGUUGGAAGGUAUGUUGUCGUACAUGUCGUAUGACGAAACCGAUCUUUUGUGCACAUUCACACACUAUGAAUACACCAAAUUUCUCAUCAGGACCUUGUACAGAGACAUUUUGUCUUGCUUGUGUCUGUGCUGUGAUUCCAUCUGGAGCUACAAUGAAUGCACGUUUGCUUCAACGUUUAGCAAAAAAGAGAAAACGAACACCCACAACAUUUCGACCACCACUUACAACAUGUGUAAAUAUCGAAGAAUCAAAUGUCAAACAACAUGAAACUCAAUUGAUUGAUGUCGAAGUUUCAUCAAUUUCGAUUCUUUCGUCUCGUGAAUCGGAAAAGUAUCAACAACAUCGUUUAAGUCUCAAUGCUCGACCGAAAAAACGUGCAUUUGUGCAAAUUCAUUCGUUGUAUCAAGAAGAAAAAAGUGAUGAGACAUUGGAAGUAUUGGAACAUUAUCAAAUGCAACAUCAAGACACAAUCUCGGAAGUCUCUUCCUCGAUAUUUGGGACAUCCUUACGUUCAUUUACAUCAGCAGAUUUAGGCUCCAUUGAAACGACAUCACUUCAACUUGGACGCUAUCCAUCUGGACAUAGUCUUGUAACACACAAUCAAAGUUUUCACCACCGAGUUGGACUUCCGAUGACGUCACGACAAAAUCCAGUUGAUCGUUCAAAUUCAUUGAAAUUUCAAGCUCAAAGUAGUUUUUGGCUACCACGUCAAUCAACUUUAAUCAAACGAUCGAUGGAAUUGACAUCUCAACUUGGUGAUGAUUAUUAUCAUCGUCUAUUGCAAAAUUAUCUGCUUCGUACGUAUAGCAGUCAAAGUAUAGCAAGUAGCUAUGGAUGCAAGUCAACAUCACUUGCAAAAGUACCAGAACCACCAAUUUCCAACGAGUCAAAUGUCGUGUCGGAAUCUCAAGCAAGUGAUACGCGAGAUGCAGUGAGCUUUUCAUUUCAACAAACGACGUCAGAGCUGCCACCGGAUGUUGUCAUUUACCGCAAAUUUAAGUGA